CCUCAGUAGGUGCGCGCGGGUGACGGACGACAUGUGUGUGUGUGACAGAAUGCACACUUAUAAUGUGCCGUGCGGCACCCGCCUUCAACAUAGCGUCCGUUACUAAUUCGUAGUAGAAGAGACCGCUCCUUUCCCUUCACUACCACUGCUGCUCCUCCUGAUUACUGAGUAGCCGCGUUCACUUAUAGGCACUAUGGGCUCAUCACAAUCGAGGAGCAUAGUAUCGGACCCAGACAAGUUCGCGCAGCGUGUUCAACACGAGUCGGGGAACUUGAAAACACCAACCCGUCAGUAUGACUACAUCAUAGUUGGAGGAGGCACUGCAGGAUGUGUCCUUGCCUCUCGGCUAUCUGAGGACCUGAACACCACUGUCUUGCUUAUCGAGGCAGGCAAGAGCCAUGAAGGAGACCUACUCAGCCGCAUCCCGCUUGCAUAUAGCAAGAUGUUUCAGACAUCUGUCGACUGGAGCUACCAAACCACGCCACAGCAGAAGAUGUAUGGUCGACGAGUGAACUGGCACAGAGGGAAGAUACUGGGCGGUACGAGCGCCCUGAACUCCAUGAUUUGCCAUCGUUGUGCACCUGAAGAUUUCAACGAGUGGGAAAAACUUGGUGCGAAUGGGUGGGGAUAUGCUGAUCUUCGACCGUACUUUGACAAAGCCGAGCGAUACUGCGCCAGCUCGCUAUUUCCAGGAGUCAAACGAGAAGAACACGGAUUAAACGGUCCAUGGCCCAUGACACAUAACACUCAGGCCGCGCCUGUCGUGAAUGCAGCCACCGACGCUUGCGUAGCGAUGGGCAUGCCGUACAACCCAGACAUGAACUCCCCCCGCGGAACAAUGGGAGUUGGUCCUUUCGUGGGCCACAUCGACGAGACAGGCCAACGGAGCUCAGCCGCGGCAGCAUAUCUCACACCAGAUGUGCUGUCGAGACUAAAUUUGACUAUCGCCGUUGAGACCAUGGUAGAAAAGAUCAUAUUCUCGCAAGACCCGGGAGAAGAGCCUCGCGCGAUCGCCGUGGAAGUGUCGAAAAGCCGUACCUCGCCGCGCUACCGUGCCGAUGCUACGUGCGAGAUAAUACUAUGUGGCGGGGCGAUCGCCAGCCCACAACUCCUGCUCCUGUCUGGGAUCGGGCCUGCAGACGACCUGCAAAGACUCGGAAUUCCGGUCGUACAGGACCUCCCUCGGGUAGGGAAGAACCUCACGGACCAUAUCGCCUCAGGCCCGCUUCGUUUCCGUGCCAAACCGGCCGCGACCUGGGACCAUUACAACAACCCUCUUCCCGGCGCGUUGGCCAUGCUCAGAUGGCUCAUCACGGGAGGAGGCCCACUCGCCGCGCUCGGCACCUCGUCGGGAGCAUUCUUGCGCUCCUUCGAGCCGGAGGUCGCAGCGCUAUCAGGUUCCUCGGAGAACCUUGCGAUCAGGGACUUGACAUCUGGACCUGGCGCACCAGACUUGGAACUGGUGUGGGCUCCCGUUAGCUUCUCGGUAGACAACGGUCUUGUCAUACCCACUCCGGGGGCGUCUGGAAUCACAACGGGCGCGGUCUGCCUCAAGCCUGAGAGCACCGGCCAAAUCACACUGGCGUCCAAUAGCGUUUGGGACAAACCCCUGAUCGAGGCGAACUACUUCCAGUCUGAGAGUGAUCUGAAUGUCGUGCUUCGCGGAACGAGGAUACUACUACAGGUGGCACGCACUGAGCCGCUCGCUUCUCUGCUCGAGACGACCACAGUCACGGAUCAGGAAGACACAUUCUGGCCAGGACAUGCUGACCCCGACAAGGUCACUGACGACGAGUUGAAGGCAUGGAUACGCCGUAGCGCCGAACCUACCUACCACGCGGUGUCGACCGCCCGGAUUGGACGGGACCGGGGAACCAGUGUGGUCGACACUAAGCUUCGGGUGCACGGAGUCCAAGGCCUGCGGGUUGUAGAUGCAUCGGUCUUUCCUUCCCAAGUAUCCGGUCACCCAGUCGCUAUCGUUGUUGCCAUUGCUGAAAAGGCGGCCGAUCUUAUAAAGUCUACUGGACGCUAGGCAGAUUCAUUGUACCAUGUCUGUAUUUGGUCUGCCUCGAAUAUUUGCGCUUCUGACUCAACGACACUGUUCAUUACUAGCUCCUUCGCUCGCUCCGACCGCACCCGAAUGUCGCACUUGAAGGGAAGUGGGAAUCUGUAUUGACAGUGACGUGAGCUGAGGUUCACGAAUAGAGGCAGCCAUAUGACUGACAUCAUUCCUCCAUCGCUAUACUCGCCGGUCGGAUUCACGAGAUUGCCUUGCUCAUCCCUCGGGAUAGCGAUAUUGAACGCCGCCAACGUAGUCGCGAUGGCGGUGAACAACAAGGACUCGGCGAGGUGGCGGCCAGGGCA